AUGACGAUUCAAAUCAAGUGCUGCGCGGUCUGCAGAGACAAUAUGAAGGCUCAACUGCAGAGGCUGAGCGUCCCCUAUACCGAGCAGACCCUCCGCGACGGCAAGAAAGUGUACACCAUCAACAUUACCAAUGCCACGGAUUUCCCCAAGAACUCGCUCGCCGAAGCCUGUUGGAAAUCGAUCGAGUUCACAUACCACCACGCUGUUUACAACGGAAACAUGGUCCGCUGCUCAAACUCUUGA